UACUCUUCUCUUUUCCCAUCUACUUUUACCCUCCGUUUUCUAGUUUCUUCUUCAUCUGAUCUACCUAUAACCCUAAUCACACUUGAAGACCUUCUCUCUUUUAAUACUAAUAUUAGUUCUGUAUUAUCAUGGCCGACUGCUCUUCUUCUUCUUAUAUCCACAUGGUGCACCGGCUCAUUGAAGAGUGUUUGAUAUUUAAGAUGAGCAAAGAAGAGUGCAUGGAAGCUUUGUCUAAGCAUGCAAAUAUAAAACCAGUUAUUACUUCUACAGUUUGGAAUGAGCUGGAGAAAGAGAACAAGGAGUUCUUCGAGGCUUACACAAAAGGAAGCCAUGAAGAAGCUACAAAGAUACAGAAAAGACAAAGGAUUCAGAGCUGUGUUAAUGACAAGGACGCCGACGGAUGAUUAUCAGCAUCAGAGACAAAUAA